AUGGCGAACGGACAACCCGGGCCAAAAGUGAAGCCGACCGUUCGUCGCCCACCAACUCCAUCCAAGCCUGUCCGCAAACCAAAAGUCAGCGAGCCCUCAGAGCCUGUGGCGGCAUCCCCAUCCCCCUGCAAAUCCUUCGUCAUCGUUGCCGGAUCCUACGAGAAACUACUCUACGGGCUAGAAGGGACGUUCCCUUCUCCCUCUCCCUCCGAAGCGAGCACCUCUACGUCCCCUGUGCCGACGCUCAAGUCUAUAUUUAUCUUCCCCGCUCAUACAGGGUCGGUGCGGGCGAUCGCUGCCAGUGCGGAGGGAGGCAAGUGGCUCGCAACAGGGAGCACGGACGAAGUGGUCAAAGUUUGGAACCUGAAGCGGAGGAAAGAGGUCGGUGGGUUGGUACAACAUGAAGGCUCGAUCACCUACCUUGGAUUCCCGACCCGGAGCAUGCUAGUCUCUGCUUCGGAAGACGGUACCCUCGCGCUCUUCCGCGUGCGGGGAUGGGAGCUCCUCCGCUCGCUCAAAGGGCACACCGGGCGAGUAAACAGCGUCGCCGUGCAUCCUUCUGGGAAAGUCGCGCUCAGCGUGGGUAAAGACCGUACGCUCCGGAUGUGGGACCUUGUUCGGGGGAAAGGCGCGGCGAGUGUCAAGCUGGGCAAGGAGGGGGAGGUCGUGCGGUGGAACGCGGCUGGAACGUUGUUUGCUGUCCAGGCGGGGAAGGAGGUUGACAUCUAUUCCACGGGGAUGAAGUUGCUGAGGAGCAUUGGACACCCGAGUAGGAUACAUGAUGUGAGGUUCUGGACUGGGGGAAAGGGGGAGGGGGAGUGGGAGGUACUGCUUGUCGCGGCGGAGGAUGGGAAAGUUGCGGUUUAUACGCUGCCGGAAGGGGAGGAAGAGACGACAAUCAUCGCUCAGCUUGUUGGGCACACGAACCGGUUCGCGCUCCCCUUUCUGCGUGGAUAUCGCUCAUAG